AUGGCACAAGUAACUGAUUUCGAUCGAAUACAACAGGAAAGACUUCCUACUCUGUAUGAAGUUUUAAUUCAGAAAACUGAUUCACCUGUGGAUUUAUGGUCCUUUUACACAUUUCUAUCUCAAUUCCCUCAUGCUUUGAAUUAUCUGGAAUUUUGGAUAGAUUUAAUGUCACAUAUAAGAUUGUGUAAAGAUUAUAUUAGGGGAAUCAGAGAAUCUGUACUGAUUCCAAAUGAAGAAUUGAAAUCAAGAAGACAAUCAGAAGUUUAUGAAAACGUUGAAAGGAACGUCAUUGAAACAGAAAAUGAUAUAGAACAACCCAAUAAAGAGAAUAAUGGAGACCAAGAUAACAUUUCGGUUACAUCUUCAAUUUUAAUUGAUGCUUUAAUGGAUGAAGGUUAUUUGGAUUUCCAAAACCCUCAAAAAGUUAAUAGAUUCUUACAAGGUGACCUAGAAUACUCUCCACAAUUAUCUCAAUUAUUAGAUGAUUGGAAACGACACUCGGGUUAUAUCGAUCAUUCUAAUGAUGAUUCUUAUGCGUCGAGUGGUAAGGAUAAUAAAAUCGUUUCAGCUGUAGAUGGAUUACUACAAAAUUAUACAAAGAUGCAUCAAGAGAGACCCCAGGUAACAGCAAAAUUACUAUUGCAAAACGCACAAACUAUUUGUUCAUUAUAUUUGAUAUCACCAGAAAAAAGUGAAAAAUAUUUAAUUAAUGUCCCUGAACACAUACGAAAUGAAACAUUACAAUUAGUAGAGAUAGGAGGCCGGCAUGACCCUGAAGUGUUUGAAAGCAUGAGGAGUCUAGCGUAUCAAUUUUUAGAGAUUGAUUGUUUCUCCAAAUUUUUAAAUCGAGUAGCAUUGCAUAACAUCCAUGAUCAGAUUUCAGAUUGGAAAUAUCAUCCAGUGAAGCCACACAGUCAUAACGAUAAUAAUACAGAAAAGAAGCAACCCAAGAAAAAUUUGAAGAUAUUUGGUAUGAAUUUAAGUAACGCUAGUGAUGAUGAAAGUGUAAAUGAAGUCGAAUAUUCACGACACCAAUCGAGAUCACCUUUUUCUAAUUAUACAACGAUAAGUAGAAUCUGUUUUGGUACUUUUUGGAUGGGAAUCGGAUUUUGGAUUGGUUAUGUAUUGAUAUUUUUAAAUUACAAUAGAGGUAUUCGGGUAGUUACCAUUGUUCCAUUUGCCAUUGGUAGUUAUUUCAUUGUUUGUGGUAUAUACCAAGUCGAUGUAGUGUAUUCAUGGUUUGGAGUGACACAAGAAUUGAUGUUUAGGCAUAAAUCGUCUGAUGAAGAGAAUGGACAUCCUAUGAAUUUAGAUAAGAACAAUAAGGGGGUACCUGGAAUAUUAAAGGUACUUGGGGGCAAGUCGAGAUUAAUUAGAAUAGACCACCAAUUUAUCAGGAACUUAUUGUUCAAAAGAGGAUUAUGGUGCUGUGCUAUCAUAACAAUAUCGACAGCUAUUUUCACGGUAAUUUUCAGUUGUGUUCCUGGACGUAGGGUUUAG